AUGGUUGAUUCAUGGAAUAGUUGUCUUAAUGUUCCUUUACAUGAAGAAGAUAAAGAAAUUUAUGAAUUAAUUCAAAAAGAAAAAUAUAGACAAUUCUCUGGUUUAGAGUUAAUUGCAUCCGAG